CGCUCUGUAUCGCAGAUCAAUUUAUCGCCGAAUCAUCGAUUUUCCCUCUUUCGUACUUAUUGGCUAGUUUGGGCUGUACUUUUUCAAGCAGCCGUUCAUGUAGACUCACCAAGAGGAUUCACUGCUAGGUUCAUGACCAACGUAUGGGCCAUGUUCGCCGUGGUGUUCCUUGCCAUCUACACUGCCAAUUUGGCAGCCUUCAUGAUCACCCGUGAAGAAUUUCAUGAAUUUACUGGCGUGGAUGAUCACAGAUUGGCCAAACCGUUCUCACAUAAACCAAUGUUCAAGUUUGGCACAAUUCCAUGGAGCCAUACAGACAGCACUCUCGCCAAAUAUUUCAAAGAGAUGCACGCGUACAUGAGGUCGUUUAACAAGAGCAGUGUUGCAGAAGGAGUGGAAGCCGUCAUUAGCGGGGAUAUGGACGCGUUUAUCUAUGACGGCACGGUACUCGAUUAUCUCGUGGCACAGGAUGAAGACUGCAGGUUACUUACUGUUGGAUCAUGGUACGCCAUGACAGGAUACGGUUUAGCUUUUUCAAGGAAUUCAAAAUACGUCCAAAUGUUCAACAAACGUCUUCUCGACUUUCGAGAAAACGGUGAUUUGGAGCGUCUACGUAGAUAUUGGAUGACAGGGACUUGCAAGCCUGGAAAAGAAGUACAGAAGAGCAGUGAUCCACUCGCUCUGGAACAGUUUUUGAGCGCGUUCUUACUGCUAAUGACGGGUAUUCUCAUUGCCGCAGUGCUCUUACUUCUUGAGCACCUCUACUUCAAGUACGUGAGGCACCACUUGGCCAAGAGCGAUCGUGGUGGUUGCUGCGCGUUAAUUAGCUUAAGCAUGGGAAAAUCUUUGACGUUCCGUGGAGCUGUUUACGAGGCGCAAGACAUUCUCAGGCAACAUAGAUGCAGGGAUCCUAUUUGCGAUACACAUCUUUGGAAAGUAAAACACGAGUUGGACAUGGCGAGGAUUAGAAUACGUCAGCUGGAGAAGGACUUGGAAGUUCACGGGAUCAAACCAUCCCAGCCUAAGAGGAAAAGCGGAAGUCUCAGCUGCUGGCGAGGAUGCUUUCAAAACUCGGAUCACCAACAUCCAUAUGCUGAGACGUUGCCUGUUGAAGUUCCACAUCCAAUACCCCCGUAUUUCAAUUCAUUCGUCGAUGCGGUUGAAGUCGCCAGGCCUAGAGAUAUGACCAAGAACCACGUCGCGAGUACUGAAUAUUCCGAGGGAUUUUUACCUACAGAAAUUUACAGGUAA